AUGGACGGCUCGGACGCCAACGUCAAGGUUUUCUGUCGCGUGCGACCGCCCAACGAGCGCGAGCGCGGCGUCAACUCCUCGAGUUUCUCGAGUGGAUCCGCUGGCUUCCUUGCGCGCAGUAGCGCAGCCGCCGCGUCCGCAUCCUUCGCCAAGAAAUGCGUGACUGUGCCCACCUCGGACGCCAUGCAGCAGACGGUCUUCCUGCACAGCAAACACGGUCCAUCCAGGACCUUCACAUUCGACCGCGUGUUCAGCGAAGAUGCCAGCCAGAACGACGUCUUCGAGGUUGUGGGAGCGCCCAUUACACGGGCCUGUCUCGAGGGCUACAAUGGCACCAUCUUCGCCUACGGACAAACAGGAUCAGGAAAGACGUUCACCAUGCAGGGACCCGACGAUGUCAUUGACACAGAGGCACAGAGUGUCACACAGACGCAGCUAGCACUGCGUGGCCUCGUGCCGCGAGUAUUCGACUACCUCUUCGACAACGUCGUGGCCAAGGACAGCAGGAAGAACGUGCAGCAUAUAUUCGCAUGCUCCUUUUUGGAGAUUUACAAUGAACGAGUGUACGAUCUACUGGAUGGAGGCAGUGCAAAAGACGCCGCAGGACUGCAAUUGAGAGAGAGCGGACGCAAAGGAGUCCACGUGGAAGGACUGAUCGAAAGUGUCGUGACCAACUCGAAGAAAGCAGCAGAGCUCAUGACGGUCGGGGCGCAGAACCGACGAGUGGGUCAAACAUCCAUGAACAGAGAAAGCAGUCGAUCACACAGUGUGUUUAUCCUGCAAUUACAGUCGAAGGAGAUGACAACGGAGGGGACCAAAAUCCGCACGUCGAGGUUUAAUCUGGUGGAUCUGGCAGGUUCCGAGCGGCAACGAAGUACAGACGCAGCUGGAGAGCGACUCAAGGAGGCUGGAAGUAUCAACAAGUCGCUGUCUGCUCUGGGUAACGUCAUCUUGGGGCUGUCAGAGCAGUCGGUGGGCAAGCAUCGACACGUUCAUUACCGCGACUCGAAGCUGACUUUUCUACUGAAAGACUCACUGGGUGGCAACUCUAAAACGUUCAUGGUAGCAACCAUCUCUCCAGCGGAAGACUCUGCGUUUGAGACGCUCUCGACUCUCAAGUUUGCACAGCGAGCGAAAAUGAUCCAGAACAGCGCAGUAGUCAACGAAGACUCAGUUGGCAGUGCUCUCUUCAUGCAGGAAGAAAUCCAGCGAUUAAAACGGCAAUUGCAACAGGCACAUCAAGAAAUCGCUCGGAAUAUCCCAGGGUCUAGUCUACUUCAGCAUGGAGCGACGCAGUCGGAGAGCGCGUCAAGUCAAGACUCGUUUGCUACCUCCACACAGCUAUUGGGACCCUGCGAUCCUGUUAUUGACGGCCGAUUCCGCGAGUUAGAGGAAUCAUUUGCAACGACUGCAGAGAAGAGUGACAGACUGCAGCGUUCGUGCGAGUUUCUACAGCUUCAGAAUGGAAACUUCCAGGCGCUUUGCACGGAGCUGAAGCAGCAAAUUGCCCACUUGAAAAUGAUGCUGCGACUGCGAGGAAUUGGAGGCCCAGGAGCGCAUGACUAUAAACCAACGGCUGAUGCCAUUGAGUGGAGGAUGAAAUACGAGGAGAUGGAAGAACGCUUCAUUGAGCUUCAAGACGAGCUACAACGCAGUGGAGUUGAAGACACUGGCACCUCAGGGAAAAUCAACAACGAAGUGGAAAACCUCAACAUGAUGCUGCUAGGACUAACGAAGCAACUGGCGUUUGUGCUGCGGGACAAGCACGAUCUACAAGACCGUCUACUGGAGAACCAGUCGGAUAAGGACGAACGCAUGGAUGGAUCGUCAUCGCAAGACGUGGGCGAUGCAGAAUUCUCUGCACGUUUGGAGGAAGCGCUAAAGCAGCAGGCAAAUGAGUACCAGGCGAAGCUGGACUCGGUCGCUUCAUUUAAUGCGUGUCUGGAAGAGAAAGCAGUUGAGAAUUCACUAGAGUUGCAACAGAUGAAGCAGCGCGAAGAGUCCUGGUCAAUUCAACAGCAUGAUCUCGAGAGACAACUGGUGGAUUCGAAUGCAGCUCUGCAGACUUCGGAAGAAGCGCAUUCGUCGACUAAGAUUACGUUGACUCAAGAGAAGAGCAAGGUUGAGGAGUUAGAGAUGAAGCUGGAACGAGCACGUGAAGGAGUCCGUCUCGAAGUUGAAGCUGCGUUGGCUGAUGCUUCCACUGCUAACAAGGACCUUGAGACCUCGAAGGAACUCUUACAGCAGCAGAUUACUGUUGUGACUGCAGAACUUAGCAAGCGCGAGGUUCAGAUCCAACAAGCUGAGCGUGCGUUUGCACAACUGAAGACUGAAAUGACUUGUCUUGAUGAAGCCAACCAGGAGACUGUGCUGCAGCUUAAUGGGGCUCAAGACAAAUUGAAGGAGGCUGAGCUCCAGACAAGUCACUUGCGAGCUGAAAUUACCGAUCGUGACAAUGCGAUUGAAGACUUAACGCGAGCUAAGACUGCGAUCACUGAGGAGAGAAUACUUCUGGAGCAGAAGCUGGAGGAAGCCAGCAAUUCUGUCCGACAUCUGAAGGAGGAUGCCAAUGCUACGGCGCAAAAGCAUUCAGAUGCGAUCGAGUCAUUGAAACGCCAAGCGCAAGAGCAAGAGCAGAAACUAGUUGAGGACUUUGAGAAGCGUCUUUCUGUGAAAGACGAACACCUUAAGCAGCUUCGCGAUGAGUUAGACGAUCACCGAGCCAAGGCAGAAGAAGCUGAUCGUCUCCACAGCUCGAAACUGGACGAGAAAGAGGCAGCAUUUGCAGUGCUUCAGCUCCAGCUUGAUGAUCACAAACAGGAAGCCCAACAAGCGUUGGAAGAUGCUCAACAGAAAUUGUCGAAGGCUCUCGUUGAUGCUUCUAAGCUUUCAGAAGAGAAGGACAAGGUCGAAUCAGAGCACGCCUUGGCGAUGCAAGAGUUCAAGCGUCUUCAGGAAAGCAUAAAAGAGCUUGAAAUUGAGAAGAACACAAUGACAAACGAGAUUCAGCGGUUAUCGGAACGUGCAGAGCAAUUGGCUGUCAGGACAAGUGAACUGGAUGAACAGAAUACCGAGCUACAGAAGAAGUGUGAGCAGCAACAAGCUCAGCUGUCCGAAUCGGGUGAGACUAUCACGAAGUUCACACUAGAAAUUGAGGAACUUCAGCAACAGAUCACAGCACAGUCAAAUGAGGUUUCAGAGCUUCGCAAGGUUCUCGCUUCAGCACAAGAAGAACGUCGUCAAGCUGCGAUUAUUCAUGCCGAGCAGUUUGAUGAGCUAUCAUCCAGAGCAAACAAGAUCGAAGUGUUGGAGCAGGAGCUCGCAACAAACAAGGAUACUGUAGAAAGCCUUACUGCUAAGCUCGACAAGACCGAGGGCGAGAUUCGAGAUGCUGCAAAUACUGUUUCACACCAACAGGAAGAGAUCGAGAUGUACAAGGGAAUCCAGUUCACGCUGCGUGACGAGUUGAAAAAGCUUGAAUUUGAUCGUCUGGAGUUGGCCGAGGCUCUGAAAACUGAGCAAGAUUCCAAGCAGGAUUUGGAGGAGAAGUUUGCUGAAGCUCGCCACGCAUGGUCAGAAAAGAAAAACAAGUUGACAGAGCAGUCUCAUGAAUCGGUUCUUGCUCUUGAAAAGCGCGUCGAGGAGUUGGUUCUCAGUGGUGAGUUGCUUUCAACUCGAGCUCAGGAACUAGAACAAGAGAACGAGGCCCUCAAGACGUUAGCUGCGGAUAAGGGACAACUGGCUGACACUGCUACUGAUAGCGCACGCGAUCUUAAGUGUCAGUUGGAAGAGCAACAGAAAACUCUGUCAAAGCAGGAAGCGGAACUCGCUCAGAAGGUGACUGCCCUUGCAAGGAGAGAUGAUAGUAUUGCCUCGUUGAAGGAGCUUGCGCACAACUCCGAAGCUGCCUGGGAUCUAAGAACCCGGGAAUACAAAGCUGAGUUGGAGGCCUCAAACGGCCGCGUGCAGGCACUAGAGCAGUUCAUUGCGGAGAAGACAUCGGUGUUCGCGAAGGCCGAGGAAGCGCUAGUGGCGGAGAAUCACUCACUCGAGAAGAAACUUGAGGAAAGCGAGGAGAUCUUGGCGCAGCAGACCGAGCAGUUCAUGCAGGAGAUCAAGCAGCUUGAAUCGAGUAUCGAGGAUAAGGACGCAAGACUGCAGCGUGCCAACAAGUCAUUGAAGGACACAGAGAAUGGUAGCAGUGCAAAGGUUAAAGAGUUGCGGGUUGCAUUAGAAGAAUUUGAGGCCAACCACAAAUUGGUUGUUGCCGAGAACAAUAAACUCAAGGAGGAGGCCGUGGCUGAGCUGAAGGAGCAGGAAGAGAAGCUAGAACGUCGACGAAGGGAGAUCGUCGCUGCGGAGGAACACAACAAGUCAAUGCAGAAGGCGUUGGAAGCACAACAGGCCGCAGCUGAGAGUGCGUUGAAGGAAGCUAAGGCGAAGGCAGUAACUCUGGACGAGCUUGGACAGGCGAAGCGCAAGUACUUAUCGGAGAAGGUCAAGAUGCAACGGGAGAUCCAGACUCUAACCAAGAAGCUGGAGACAGUGACGAACGAGAAGGAGAAGCUGGUUGGACACCACAAUAGCCGCCAGAAGAUUCAGCAUCAUGUCAAAGUAAAGGAGGAAAACAAUCGUCUUCUGGACCAGGUACGACAGCUCACGGACGAGAAGGCGAAACUGCAUCGUUCACUCGAGAAACUCCGAACGAUGCUCAAGGAGAAGGAGAACAUUGGCGUUGAGUCUUCAAGAAACACACCGCCUUCUGUAUCUCCUGCCUCCAGCACAUCGUCCAGAUCGCUACCUAACAAACAAGUCAAGCGGCCAAGUCUUGGUAGUGCGUCGAGUGCUACAGCUAGUACAGCAGCCUCUGCAGCAAGAGCAGCAGCAAGAAUAGCAGCGCGAGGUCGACCUCGAUCUGCAUCCCCCGGACCAACCAAGAAGCGUGUACGGACACACUCAUCGGGACCAGGUUGGCAGAGAUGA